CAAACAGUCCACAGAUCGUCUCUAUCACCAAACAUAACAGAACGCCAUAAUUUAUCAAAACGCAUCGUUUUUUCCGCUGUAUAAAAACCAAACCCUACAAUCCAUCGAUCACAAUGCCUCACCACCUUCGUCGACGAAUCUGACAAUCCUAAUCCCCUCAGUUUCUCUCUCUAAAUAGCAACACUGGACUUCAAUUUCUCUCUCUCUAUAUCUAACUUCACUGCUCUUGCGACGUCUGAUAAUGGCGGCAGCCGCGGUGGCUGAGAGUUCUUCUAGAUCUAGUACGUCGGCCGAUUCGUACAUCGGGAGCCUCAUUAGCUUGACUUCCAAGAGUGAAAUCAGAUACGAGGGUGUUUUGUACAACAUCAACACUGAAGAGUCCAGUAUUGGAUUGCGCAACGUAAGGUCAUUUGGAACGGAAGGACGUAAAAAAGAUGGUCCUCAAGUCCCUACUAGCGAUAAAGUUUAUGAAUACAUACUAUUCCGUGGUAGUGAUAUAAAGGAUUUGCAAGUUAAAUCUUCUCCCCCUGUUCAAAGUGCAUUACCCAUAAACAGUGAUCCAGCCAUUAUUCAGUCUCAUUAUCCCCGCCCAGCUGCCACAUCUACAAGCUUGCCUGCUGCUGCAAGUGGGUCUCUGACUGAUCUUAGUCCCCCCACUGCACAGUUGGCGCACCCUGGGUCAAUUUUCCAAGGUGGUCUGCCUUUGUAUCAACCUGGAGGGAGUUUGGGGUCCUGGGGGCCUUCACCUCCUCCAAAUGCAAAUGGUGGUGGGCUUGCUAUGCCUGUGUAUUGGCAAGGAUUCUAUGGCUCACCAAAUGGGCUCCCUCAGUUAUCCCAACAAUCCUUGCUACAGCCACCGCCUGGACUAUCAAUGCCUCCCUCCAUGCAUCAGCCUAUGCAGUUUUCUAGUUUCAGUGCGUCUUUGCCAACUGGAGCUUAUACUUUACCUGGUUCAAACUUGCCAGAAUAUCCUUCUUCUUUGGUCCCCACAAUUAACAGUUCAUUCAAUUUAACCUCUAGUACUUUACCACCUUCAACUUUGCCUUCGACUAUGCCUCCUGUGCCACCUGUGAUGCUAUCUUCUGAAACAUUGCCAAGCAUGAUGCCAAACAAGGCUUCAAGUUCUGCUGUUCCUACAACAACACUAAAUGCUAAGUUACCACCAGUGUUUCCUUUGACAACAACUUCAAGUCCAGAGGUAAAUUCCAUUUUGCCUCCAAUCUAUAACAUGCCUAAUGCAGUUCCUGGUCCACCCACCGUGAUGAGGACAUCAAGUUCAAUUCAAGCAGAGACUCCCACACCCUCACUUGUAACCCUAGGGCAGCUGCAGCCGUCUGGAUUUGCUGUAGUUUCAUCAUCUCAGUCCUCAAAAAUGGCUGAUAAAGAUUUGGAGGUUGUUCAAGUAUCAGCAUCACCAUCGUCAGAGCCACUGGUGCCAGUUCCAGCAGAAAAUCAGCCUCCAAUAUUGCCAACACCACCGGUGUCACAUGCCCAAAAGAUUUCCCGUCCAGUGACGAAAUUCACUGAGGAUUUUGAUUUUAUGGCAAUGAAUGAGAAAUUCAAAAAAGAUGAAGUAUGGGGUCAUCUUGGUAAAAGUAACAAGUUCCCAUCAAAUAAUAAUGGUGGAGAUGGACAAGGCAGUGAUGAAGAUGAUUUACAAGAUGAAUAUGACUCUGAAUUACCAAAGUUCGAGAUCAAGCCUGUCUAUAAUAAGGAUGAUUUUUUUGAUUCUCUCUCUUGCACUGCACUUGAUAAUGAUUCAAACAAUGGAAGGACUAGGUUCUCUGAGCAGUUGAAGAUUGACACAGAGACAUUUGGCGAAUUCUCAAGGUACCGGGGCGGUCGUGGAGGCCAUGGGCCUGGCCGUGGUGGUGGCCGUUCUCGAGGUUCUUACUAUGGAAGGGGGUAUGCCUCUGUUGGCCGAGGACGUGGUCGUGGCUCGUCAUAUCGUGGUUAUUAGACCAUUUUUUUGCCCUACUGUCUGGGUAGAAACUAAAGCCCUCCUGUUCAUCAGACCCAAUGGUUGGUCUAGGAAGAUGCUUUUAAUGUUUGCUCGUUCUACUUUUCUAUGCCUAAGAAAUAAAAAUCGGAUAUGUUUGUAUUGACUUUGAUGCAUCAUUUUCCCCGAAUCACCUCGUUUUUGAUUGACAGAAUGAAGAGGGGAGAUCAUUUUUACCAUUAUUUUUUAU